CAGUGACAGAGGGAAAAUUCCACAGAAUCCACGUGAAAAUUUAAUAUAUUUAUUUUAGCCAAUAAUUAGGUAAUUCCGCGCAAAGAACUCUUUGUGAAAAGCGUGUUAAGUGUUUCCUGGGUGUCUUGGCCACUGUUUUAUAUAGUUUUCCUAUUCGUAAAGACUCGUCUGGAGAAUGCCGUCUGAAGCGAAGAAACGCGAGGCGCAGCGCAAGAAGGAGGCCGCGAAGAAUCGUCAGAAGGCUGGUCAGUCGGGCUCCGGUGGGGCGGACAAGAAGGAGCCCUCGCCGCCGAAUGGGAGCACGUCGAAUGGCACGGUGACUGAGAUGACGGAAGAGGAGCGCCUGUGUGCGAAGUUGGACGAGGAGGCGCGCAUCAGCGCGGACGCGAGAGCCUGUACCGGCACCAUGGCCCUCCAUCCGCGCUCCAGGGACAUCAAGCUGGCCAACUUCUCCAUCACUUUCUUUGGCUGUGAACUGCUGCAGGACACGAUGCUGGAACUCAAUUGUGGCCGUCGCUAUGGGAUCAUCGGGCUUAAUGGGUGCGGCAAGUCCUCGCUGCUGUCAGUACUGGGGAAUCGCGAAGUGCCCAUUCCGGAUCACAUUGACAUCUUCCAUCUGACGCGCGAGAUUCCGGCCAGCACCAAGUCUGCGCUGCAGUGCGUGAUGGAGGUGGACGAGGAGCGCAUUAAGUUGGAGAAAUUAGCCGAAGAUCUGGCCCAGUGUGAGGACGAUGAGUCCCAGGAGCAAUUGAUGGAUGUGUACGAUCGCCUGGAUGACAUGUCGGCGGACCAGGCGGAGCCGAAAGCAGCUCGCAUCCUGCACGGCUUGGGAUUCACGAAGGAGAUGCAGCAGAAGCCGGCUAAGGACUUCUCUGGUGGCUGGCGGAUGAGAAUCGCCCUGGCGAGGGCACUGUACGUGAAGCCUCAUCUCCUGCUGCUGGACGAGCCGACGAAUCACUUGGAUCUGGACGCGUGCGUGUGGCUAGAGGAGGAGCUGAAGUCCUACAAGCGAAUCCUCAUGAUAAUCUCCCACUCGCAGGACUUUCUCAACGGCGUGUGCACAAACAUCAUUCAUAUGACGAAGAAGCGACUCAAGUAUUACACUGGCAACUAUGAGGCUUUCGUGAAGACGCGCAUGGAGUUGCUGGAGAAUCAGAUGAAGCAGUACAACUGGGAACAGGAUCAGAUAGCGCACAUGAAGAACUACAUUGCACGCUUCGGACACGGAUCGGCCAAGUUGGCGCGCCAGGCGCAGUCCAAGGAGAAGACGCUGGCUAAGAUGGUGGCGCAAGGACUCACGGAGAAGGUGGUGGACGACAAGACGCUCAACUUCUACUUCCCCUCGUGCGGGAAGAUUCCGCCGCCCGUAAUUAUGGUUCAGAAUGUGAGCUUCCGCUACAGCGACGCUUCGCCCUACAUUUACAAGAAUCUUGAGUUUGGCAUUGACCUGGACACGCGGAUCGCACUGGUGGGACCCAAUGGGGCCGGCAAGAGUACGCUGCUGAAAUUGUUGUACGGGGAUUUGGUGCCGUCGGCGGGCAUGAUUAGGAAAAAUUCCCACUUGCGCAUCGCGCGCUACCAUCAGCACUUGCAUGAGCUGCUGGACUUGGACGUGAGUCCGCUGGAGUACAUGAUGCGGGCGUUUCCGGAGGUGAAGGAGCGCGAGGAGAUGCGUAAGAUCAUCGGGCGGUAUGGGCUGACGGGGCGCCAGCAGAUUUGUCCCAUGAGGCAGCUGUCGGAUGGCCAGAGGUGCCGCGUGGUGUUUGCCUGGCUGGCUUGGCAAUCGCCGCAUCUGCUGCUCCUGGACGAGCCGACUAAUCACUUGGACAUGGAGACAAUUGACGCGCUGGCGGAUGCCAUCAAUGACUUCGAGGGCGGAAUGGUGCUGGUCAGCCACGACUUCAGGCUCAUCAAUCAGGUGGCCGAGGAAAUUUGGGUGUGCGAAAACACAACUGUAACCAAGUGGAAGGGGAACAUCCUGGACUACAAGGAUCAUCUCAAGUCCAAGAUCCAGAAGGAUGGCGAGAAGCGCGAAGGAAGCCGCAAGAAGUAGAUUGCCAGCCGUCUCAAAUAACUUGCACAUAUUCUCUAUUUCACCGCUAGAUUUUAACCCGUUUCCACGAGGAUCUUUGAGAAAACAGGAUUAUAAUUUAUUUGGAAUAGUGUCACGAGCGCAGAUGUUCAAUAAAUUCCGCUUGGAGUUAGAA